AUGGCUACAUUACAAGAGCGUUUCGAAGCAGCCGCCGAAGAAGUGAAAACGCUCACUAAGAGACCGACCGACGUCGAACUAUUGGAACUGUACGCCCUCUUCAAGCAAGCCACGGUCGGAGACAACGACACCAGCAAACCUGGUAUGUUUGAUUUGAAAGCCAAAAAAAAGUGGGAGUUUUGGACCAACUUAAAAGGAACUUCUAAAGAAGACUGCCAAGAAAAAUAUAUUGCAAAAAUUGGAGAAUUCAUUGUCAAAUACAGAGAUUGA